AAAUAGUUCGACACCUCUGAAUUUUGUUUGACUCAUGCUGGGACUCCGUAGGUCUUUAUCUACUCCUCUAGAAGUGGGAUCGCAAAGAAAUAUACCCAAUUGAAUCAUCUACGACCAUGACCUCCCAACUUCCAACCAAGAACUGCGGCGUUCUGGGCUGCACCGGCUCAGUGGGCCAGCGGUUCAUCCUCCUCCUCCAGCAGCACCCGACCCUGCGCCUCGUCGCCGUGGGCGCGUCAUCCCGCUCGGCCGGCAAGAAGUACCGCGACGCCGUCCGGUGGAAGCAGGCGCAGCCCAUCACGGCGGCGGUCGGCGACCUGGUGGUGCGCGAGUGCACGGCCUCGGCCUUUGCCGACUGCGACGUCGUCUUCAGCGGGCUGGACUCGGACGUGGCGGGCGAGAUCGAGCGCGAGUUCCAGCUGGCCAACCUGGCCGUCUUCUCCAACGCGAAGAACUACCGGCGCGACCCCCUUGUGCCCCUCGUCGUGCCCACCGUCAACCUGUCGCACCUCGACCUGAUCCCCCACCAGCAGAAGACGUACGGCCUGCAGAAGGGGUUCCUGGUGUGCAACAGCAACUGCGCCGUCAUCGGGCUGGUGAUCCCCUUCGCGGCGCUGCAGGCCAAGUUCGGGCUCAUCGAUACCGUCUCGGUCGUCACGAUGCAGGCUGUCUCGGGCGCGGGAUACCCCGGCGUGAGCAGCAUGGACAUCCUGGACAACGUGGUGCCCUUCAUCUCUGGCGAGGAGGACAAGCUCGAGACGGAGGCCAAGAAGAUCCUGGGCACCAUCAACUCCGAGGCCACCGCCUUCGAGGACCAGAAGACGUUGAGGGUCUCGGCUGCGUGUAACCGUGUGGCGGUUUUGGACGGCCACACAGCGUGCGUCUCGUUGCGCUUCGCCCAGAGGCCGCCGCCCAGCGCGGAGCAGGUGAAGGACGCGAUGCGGAGCUACGUCUCCGACGCGGAGAAGCUGGGCUGCCCGUCGGCCCCGAAUCCUCCAAUCCUGGUCUUUGAUGAGCCCGACAGGCCGCAGCCUAGGUUGGACCGCGAUCUGUCCAGAGGCUAUACUGUGAGCGUCGGGCGGGUGAGGGAGGACGAGAGCGGAAUUUUCGACAUCAAGUUUGUGGCAUUGAGUCAUAACACUGUCAUUGGAGCGGCUGGUUCCUCCAUACUAAAUGCCGAAGCGGCGAUACUGAAGGGAUACAUCUGAUCUCGAAGCUGAGGUUUGACUACCUACACAGGGAGGUAGUCACGCACCAAAAGAAGGGGUGAUAUGUUUCAUGCACCAGGCCAUUCUUGUUCAUAUUAUGGGCAGAGCAGCAGGAACAGGAGCCAUCAACAUCAAUGUGCGUAAAUAAAUAAAUAUAAAUACAUAACCAAAAUCUAAGGUAUCCAUAACCAAGAUCUAAG